AUGCUUCUGGAUAAACAGAAGAAUCUUGAAAGGUCGAAUUUGGAAAUUGUUGAGAAGCUCAGAUUAUGUGAUGAGAAAAUUGAUAGACUGUCGAAUGAAUACCAGGAGAAAUUUGAUUUGAUUCAAUCGAAAUUGAAUGAAAUCGUUGAGACACUGAAAUCAGAAGAAUCGUCGAAAUUUGUCGAAAGCGACAAUUCCACAGUUACCACUGCUCCUGUCGAUUCUACUCAGGAUUUUCAGAAAAACGAGGAAAUGACUUCGACAUCUGGAAAAAACUUUGUGUUGAAGCAUACAUUCAAUAACGUUUCUAGCAUCAAAAAUGAAGAGGAUAGGUACAGCGAGAUGGAAGAACAUUUUGGUGUUCCAUGGCAAAUUGGAAUAAGACAGUGGGAUGGAUUUCUCUCAUUUUAUCUCAGGAACUUAUUUCGUGACGCUAAUGAGAAAAAAUGGGAAACUGAAGUGGAAUACGAACUGAAAAUAGUAUCCCCUAACUGCAGAGAAAAGAAGGAGGAAAGAACAACGAAGAGUUUCAAAAGUGACGAUACUGUCUCUGGAUGGGGGUCAUUAAAAUUCAUAGAAUGGAACAACUUGAACAAGGAUUUCGUUGUUGAUGACUGUUUUUGUGCUGAAAUCGCAAUGAAAAUGAAAAAGAUGACAGGCAUUUACAAAGAUAAUCUGAGAAGUUUCGACAAGACAAUGGAAGAAUACGCGGAUGUCGUUCUUGUCGUCAACGAUGAAAAGUUUUUUGUUUCCAAGUUGUACCUUGCCACGCAUUAUUCAUAUUUCAAGACUUUGUUUUUGGGACAAUUCAAUGAAGCGAAGAAAACUGAGAUCAAACUGUCUGGAAUCGAUGCGGAUGAUUUUCAGAACUACCUUGAAGUUCUUUAUGGAGAACAAGCGAUCAAUGAAAUCACUGUCGAAGGAAUCCUCAUGGUGGCUGACAUGUACGAUACCAGUUUCGUCAUUCAGAAAUGCGAGACGUUUCUACAGAGAAAAUCGAAGAAGACAAUGAAGAAGAAGUUGCAGCUGUCUUCUCGAUACAAUUUGGAUGCGCUCAAAAAACAAUGUCUCGGGGAGAUCAAAUCAGUGGCUGAUAUUAAAUCACUUAUUCCCGGAGAUAUUCACGAUUUGGACCCAUCUAUCAUGGCGGAGUUCCUUCUAAAAGCACUUUCUGUUCACGAUUCUAAUUAA